UCGUUCAGGCCAAAAGUAUUCUUUCCAAUAUUUUUGCUUUAUUUGUUUACUUUUGAAUUGUUUUCACAUUAAUUUUGUCGAAAAUUUAGGUUCCAAAUUGCAUUUAGACAAGGAAGCUUCUACAUUCCUGUUCGUUUCUAUGCGUGAAUUCUGGUAUAUAUGAAUUAAUAUAGACUUGUGUUUUUGAUAUUCAUUUCUCUGCUUAUAAUGUCAUUUGUUAAAUGUUAUUUAGCAAAAAUGAUGACUAAGUUUGCUUAUUCAAAUUAAAAACAGUAUAAAUCAGGUGAAAGUAAUUGUAAAAUCUGAAUCUGUUGAAUUUCGACUUCAAAGUGACCGAAAAACACUAGUCCUUGACUGUGAUUGGUGCGGCUAAAAAGCCCUCUGUGACGUCACUCACUAAGAAGAAACGACAUCGGCGUCGGGCAUGUGCAAAGUAAAGAAACGUAAGAUGAUUUUGUUUUGCUAAUGUGUGGUCAGCGGAAGUUGGUAUUCUCUCCGUAACUCUUUAUGUUUCCGCAACAUGGAAUAUGACAGAUCUUUGGUGAAGAGUGAGAAGUUUAAGUUACGGAUCUUUGUUGCUGAAUUUGGUGAUGUGAAAAUAGCCAAUAAAUGUAAUUAUGCUAAGGAAUAGAUUACAAAAUCGUGAUGAAUGGCACUGCAGAAUCAGUUCCCAAUCCGAUCAAAUUACCAUCUUCUCCACGACCACCAGCUGUCGGAGAAGAGGUCAAAGUAUUCCAUGACCUCUCUUAUCGAUCUUCAGACCAUCACAAAAACAUGGAAGACUGCCAGUCCACUUGUGAAGGAGACAAACCUGACCUGGUGAUCGACGAAGAUACCAGUGAAAGCGAAACAUUAAAGUAUGAAGAUACUCUUCGUACUUCAAACCCUAGUCCUCCUGCUCCAUGUAAAUGGGCCCAGAGCUUACAAUGUUUGCUAAAUGACGUCAAAGGUGUUGAUUUGUUCGAACAGUUUUUACUACAGGAAGGUCAUGAUACUAGGAGCUUGUCCUUUUAUUUUGCUUGUCGUGGUGUUAAAAAGACUAAUUGUACUGACAAGGAUAAAUUGCACAAACUUAUUAGUGUUUUAUAUGAUAGAAAAUUGAAGAGGAUUUGUGCUGUUUCUCCACAAACAAAACAAGAGAUCAGACAUAAAUUAGCUACAAGAACAGGCGUGGAUCUUAAUAUUUUUGAUGAUGCUCAAAAGGAGGUCGAACAAUUUAUGCUUAAUACUACUUAUCCCAAUUUCUUGAGUUCAGACGUUUAUCUUAAUUAUUUACAAAGUGUAGAAGAUGGUGAGAUACAGGAAGGAGAGGAUCAUAGUACACAAGAACCUUCUGAACUUCCAACUGUUCAUGAAGACAUUGAACUUUCCUUUAGUAAAGCACAGAAUUACAAAGAAUCCUUGCUAACCAGGAGAAAAUUGCCAUCAUAUAAAAUUAAGCCAGACAGUCAAGUAGCAUCAUAUGCGAAAUCACCAUAUUCUUCAAACUACAGCAGCUACCAUACAAAAUAUGCUUCAUUUUUACCUGUGUCUGCACAAGACAGUGAGCUUCAAAGUUUAUCUUCUGAUGCUCAGACUGAUGACACCAUGUCACAAACAGAUAGCAGUAUUGACAUACCUAUGCAUUGUAGGCCUAAACAGAAGCGAACCUCAAAAACGAAAUAUAGUGGAGUUUUAAACAAGGAUACUAGGCUUAAUUUAAAUAAUUUUAUUCCACGAACACAGCGUCCAGUCCCUGAAUCUGUAGCUACAAUGGCAACCAAAGAUCCUGCCAAAUUCCAUGCUGUUUUAGUGGAAAAACUACAAAGAAUUGAAGAGGAACAAAAAACAAAGGAGAAAUUUAACGAGAAAUAUCAAGCCAUUGAGGGUUCUCAACCUCAACCUUUUCAUCCCCUUCAACUCCAGCCUGCAGAAGACAAUGUGCAGGACAUUUUAGAUGCACAUGUAUCUAGAGUUUUUAAAGAUACUGGUCUCACACCGACCUUGUCCCCGAUUUGCAAUUCACCACCAGUAAUGAAAUUGACUGGGGAAGAUCUUCAACGUGUACCUCCAUCAGGCCAAAAUGAUCAUAUUCAGGAUAUGUUAAACAGUUAUUCACAAAGGGUUGGACAACCACCACCAUUUACAGUGCCAUAUGCAAUGAGAUAUAAUAGACGAGAUGUGGAUACUCGUUCAAGUGAUAGUGGAGCUUUGACUGACUGGACAUCUGAGGACAAUUUGCAAUCUUUGCACAGACCUAUUGAUUAUGCCAGCAGUUCAGAAGCCUUGGAAUAUUCACAACUAAAGCGAAACAGGGAUCAUCAAUUAAAGAGGUAUAUCAGCAAGAAAAAUCAAGCAGAUUCUGCCAGUAGCUGUGUUGAUAGUGGAAUCAGUGUUGCCUGUGAACCUCUUCCAAAUCAAAGCAGUUGCCAUUCAAAAGUAUCUAGUUGGCUUGAAUCCAAAAAGUGUGCUUCUGAAAUGGAAAAAGAUCACCAAUGGAAAAAUGCAUCAUCUACCUCACCUGUUCUCAGCAGAUCAAGUUCCAGUCGGAAAGCUGUUGCCUAUAACAGCACACGUUCUGGAGUACUAGAUCCUGGAAGUACCCAUUGGCCAUUGGUCCCUGCACAGCCAGUUGCUCAGGAUCUCUCAAUGCCAGCUCUUCCUGUGCCUGAUACAACAACAAAUUUAUUGGAAGCACGACGCAGACUGGAAGAUGAGAGCCGAACAAAACCAGCAAAAUCAAAAUAUAAUAGUGGUAGCCGGAAUUCCCAUGAAGCUGCAAAAUUAAGAAAUUCAUUCAGAGCUAGUAAUCCAGUUGAUGAGAGUAAUUCACACAGCAGCAGGAAACAAAGCAAAAAAUCUCUGCCACCUACCUUUAUGGAGGGUACAUCAUUACCUGCAGGAAACAGUGAUGUGACAAUCAUUGGCUACAGUUAUGGACGCGAUUCUGUGCCUUAUAAAUCUAGAUUUCCUGGGAAAAAUAUUACUCUGAGGCAGUUCAAAUCUCUUCUUAGCAAAAAAGGAAACUUCAAGUAUUGGUUCAAGCGAGUCAGUGAUGAAUUUGGUACUGGGGUUGUACUUGAAGAAGUUUCAGAUGACAAUGAAAUUUUACCUCUAUGGGAAGGCAAAGUAUUUUGUGUAAUUGAGUCUGUGGAUGAAAAUACUGCAAAUGAAGAUUAGAAGUGAAAGAAUAAUCUAUGAAAAUUCUUUGCAGAUUCUAAGAACUUAUUUUCAAAAAGCUUUAAGAUUUCAGGUAGAGGAAAGCUUUUAAUUGAUAUUUAAUUAUUAUAACUGAAGAGCUUACUAAAAGAACUAAACUAAUUCAUAUUAGGCUAUUGUCUCACAUGUGAAAUUCUAAAGUAAUCAACUGGUUCAGUAUUGUAUUCUUAAUUUGUACCUUAUGUAUAACUGCAUAAUGAAUAUUUGUAUAUGCCAGGUUCCCAAAAAUAUGAGAGAACCUGUAAUUGCCAAAAAUAUUUUAUUUUCUCAUAAAUAUGAAUGAAAUGAUAGUUUAUUGAUAAGAAAAGCUAGAUAACUUCAGAAUUUAAUGUAAAGUAAUAGUUACUUCAACGGUUCCUUUGAUUUUCUAAUUGUUUGCUAGCAAAAUGUGUUAACAUUUUUUACUUUUCUCUUUAUUGUAGUAAAAUUUAUUUACUAUACAUUCGGAAUUCUAUUUUUGUGUUGAAAAGUAAUCUAAUUGGAAACCCUUUAUAAGUUAUUGGCAAAUUUUUUUCUUCUGUGAAAAGGGGAAAAAAUCGUGUUAAUUUAUUUAACACUGAAAAGAAUUUUGCAUGAAUAUUUUAAGGAUUUAUUACUACCUAGAAAUUUUCAACUGAUGUAUAUAUUUUCCAAUAUAUUUCUUGCUUUUAUCUCUCUCUGAAGAUAACUAUUCUUUUUUGAGAAUGAAAAGUACAGAGAACCAAUGAGAUUAUUUUGCAUUUAUAAUUUGCAAAUGCAUUUAAAUUAAUAGUUAAAAAUUGUAUUUUAACAUCAUACAUUCAUCAUUACUUAAUUUUGAUUUUAAUAUCGUUUAGAUGAACAAUGACAUUGUGUUGGAAACUGUUUUAUUUUACAUUAAAUUUUGUCAGUGAUUUAAAUGGUUGUUGAGUUCCUUGAAUUAAUGUCAAUCAGGAACUUUCACUUUUUUGGAUAAAAAUAUUUAUUUAAUUUCAGAAAAUGUUUUGUUACCUCAAGCUGUCUGCUUAUGAGCAGUUUUUUCCCCUCUCUUUAUGAGAGUAAAAUGUAAAUUUUUAUUUGUGUUCUAAUUUGUUGUGAAUUUGUAUCAUAUGUGUUUGAGAGAGCAGUUUUAAAUUUUUUUAAAGUUUCCAUUACAGAAUGUAUAUUAUAAUUCUAUCAUUGAAUUUUCAUAAUAAUGUGUGUUUUGUUGAUACAUGGGGCGGUGCUCAAUAAUAAAUCAGUUCUACUUAUGGCUUUAGUCCAGUUACACAUUUUUCUCAUGUUACUAGUCUUAGUAUAAAGUACAAUGUUGCUAUACAGAGAUAUUUUAUUUAUUAAUGUAUAAAUUUAUUGUAUGUUUGUCUUUUUGUGGCAACAUUGCAACUUUGAGCUAAUGAGUAUUUAUUUUGAAAUGUGUUUGUUGUAAGUUCUGAAUUCUUUGAAAUAGUUGUCUUAUUUAUUAAAUGUAAUUGCAAACUAAUAUUUUUUUAUUUGGUAAUUAUUUGAUUAUAAAUAGCAUUCAAAAUUUUGAUUACUUCCUUUCUUAAGUGCUUCUUAGACUUGAAUUAUUUUAAUCUAGUUGACUGUAUAUUUCGCAAGUUGAAAUUAUAUAUAAUAUCGAGUUAUUUUUUAAAAGUAUGAUACUUUUAUUUGUCUCAUAUUAUAAAUUUGUAUUAUAUGCUAGAAUAGAAUAUUGAUAAAUCAAUUUGGAUUUAACUUUGUUUGGAUUUUUAAAUUCCAAGAAUGAUUUUAAAGUAAGUUUUUUGAGAAUCUUUUUACAAAAGUGGAAAGUAGAUGUUGUUACAUUAAAAAAAAGUUGCAAAAUGCACUGAAUGCCUUUCUAAUGAUUAGUUAAACUGAUAAAUCUUCUAGGAGAAUCUUUGCAUUGGUAGUUAUUUUAUAAUUUUGAAAUUUAAAAACAGAUAUUUACUAUUUGAAUUUUCUGUGCUUUUUUUUUAAUGAUUGAUUCUUAUGCUUAAUGUAAGUUAUAUUUUUAAAAUGAAAAUUAUUUAAAAGUGUCUAAAAAAUAAGUAUGUAACUUUAAUGUUCAUUUGUAGUAGUAUGGUUGAAUGUUUUCAUUUCAUUUAAAUGCUGUUUGCAGUGUGUGUUAAGUUUCAAGUUGCAAUUGUUAAUUAUGCAGGGAUAUUCAUUUGUAUUUUUUGAUUGAUACCUGUAUGGUUCAUGUUGUCUUGUAAAUAAUCGUUAAAAAUAUUUUAACGAAUAUUUUUUAGUAAAUAGAAACGAAAAAAUUAUGUAAGAAUAUUUUUAAU